AUGCAAGAGGUGGUUGUGGAAAAGCCACACCUGCCGCCGCUACCAACCGCCGACGAGGUGGAUGCAACCAUUGCGGCUGCUGAAGAACAAGCGCAAGCUCGGCUUGUAGCCAAUCAAGUCCAGCACAUGCCGAUCCGAGCUGUUCACGUUGCGCGCAAAAUGGAUAUUGCCAGACUUUUCCAGAAGCUAUACACAGACCGAUUUAAAGUCACUCAUUAUUUGCACAAGGACUCAAUCGUUUUGAGACUUAGUGGUAACAAAAGAAGUGAUCAUGCAGGACUUGUCACAGGUGUGGCUCCUUCUUUUGCGAACAGUGUAAACAAUAGCAGCAAUAUAGAUACUAUAUCAAAGCUAAAUGUCGGAGCGGGAGGCAAGACUGUCACAUCACGACGGGCUACCGACAAAUGGGUCGUGUAUUUUGACUAUGGCGCAGUAGUGUUUUUUAAUUGCGAACAGGUUUUGGUGAAUACGUUGAUCAAGCACGCUACACGUUUUUGUAGUGAUGUGUUUGAGAUGCGAGGUCACGAGGAAGAGAUGUUGCUUGUUGGUGACCCUGCGCAGCAAAAGUGGAGCACUUUGGUUGAAAACAACGUACUAGUGCGCAAAAUUGACCACAUAAAUGUUCACGUGAUUGCUGGUGUUUUGUCACAAACGGUAGCUCUUGAGUUUUACGAGCGUCAGUGCGAGACGAUAUUAAGAGAGUUCGAGAAGCUCAACACAGACGUUGAGAAAAAUGGCCCUCGCGGUGCAUUAUUUGGUCGAGAGAAUGAGCAAACAAAAAGGUUGUUUAAAAUCGUAGCGUCCAACAACACUUUACUUAUUGAUCUCGUGAGCAAAUUGCGUGUGAUCGAUCGUAAGCGUCCAGGCGAUCCAGCAUGGAGUCAGACAAGGUAUCAUAACAUGUGGGAGUCGUUACUCGAGGAAUUUGAGCUUAAUGAGCGUUUUCAAAAUUUAAACUUUAAGCUGGAAUUAAUUCAGCACAACACCAAGUUUUUUUUGGAGGUGCUGGACUCUCACAAAGGCGAGCGACUUGAGUGGUAUAUUAUCAUCCUUAUUUCUGUCGAGUUAGGUAUUGGUGUCUACGAACUGCUUCUGAAGCUAGCUUAA